GGCGAGGCGCUGCCGGGCUUGGCUUUCUGCGCCGCACAUGGUGGCGCCUCCGGCGACGACGACGCGACGGGCCUCACCCAGGCUGCUGCGAACCUUGCCGUGCAACCCCCUCCUGGACUACCAGGCCACGGCCCUCUUCCGGACGCAUGGCUCGCGGAAUUCAUGGAUGAUGAAAUGGCGCAGCAUUUUGGACUGGUGCAGGCCGCCAACAUGACGCUGCCGCAGGACCUGCAGAAUCUCCCCAUCAAGAUUCCCUCCACCUGGGAGGCCCUCCGCGCCAUUCUGCUGAAACUAGCCUACAACCCCGUCUCCGCCAACCCAUGGAAUGUCUUGGGUUUCGGCCCACUCGACGGCCCCGCGCCUACCGAGCAGGGCAUCGCAAGUCGCACGCGGACGGCUACCAUCCUGUGCUCCCUCGGUCAGGCUGCCGAUUGGGACCCGGCUGGGAGAGCGAGCGCGGAGGCGGCCGCUGCUCACUUCGCGACCGCUGGCGCGCGGUGCGCGGAGCAGUUGGACGAGGUUUUGCGCGAGCGUCGCCGUCUCCGUCCCUCCGAGCUCCCACGAUGGAAAGAGUUGGGAGCGUCUGCGCUACAGGCAGUCCGCGCCAUCCCAACAUGCGCAGACGCCACCUUAGCCACGCAGUGGUCCCAGCUCCUCAGCAACACUACCACGGACCAUUCGGUCAUACUGGAGCAGCACCGUGAAUUGGCCACACUCUUGGAGAAGGGCGACACGCGGGCCCUGGAGAAGAUGGGGGGGCAACAGAUCUUGGCUUGGGCACCGGUGGACACCAAUGCGCUCCAGAGGAUCCUUGCCGGUCUACUCCGACAGCCCGAUCCAGCACUUCGCCCUCAGCGACUUUCGCUUCUGGUUCCGAUCCCCCAUUUUCCUGGUGUCGACUCUCCGGCCAAGCUUUUCGACCUCUGGUGGCACCCGCUCCUCGGCGAGAAGCCGCUGUACAUCUCGUUGGUCCGUGCCGUGGAUAUCAUCCUGCAGCCUGUGGAGUACAUCCUCCCAGGAAGGUCCGCUCCCCGGCAUGUACGGCAGGGCCUCGCGAGCUUCACCAUCACCACGGCAGGACACCGAUCGUCACCGACCGUCUUCUCCCCCUUGGCCCCGCUGCUCCAGCUCCCCGCGGUGAACUCUUUUUGGGUCGACGUCCCGACUCAGCUCUUCCCGAACUUCAUGAUCAAGAUGCUCAGCCCCGAGGUCACCAACCAUGGUGUUUCUUUCCUCUGCCGGCAUACCUCCAGAAGUUGGGGCAGCACUCCGGAGGUCCCGCGCGUGUGCGUGGGGAUCAUUCUACCGAGCUCUCUUUCCGAGGCGGGUUCCAUGCUCGCCAUGCGCUUCCUGCGGAGGACCGUGCUGACUGAGCAGAUGUACCUUGGGCACAAGGAGCUGUACACGUCUCCAGACGCCCUCGUGGUGGAGUGCAACAGCCCGCUGGGACUGGUCCGUGCGUGGCCGUUGUGCUCACAAGCGAUCUUCCUCUCAUCCGACAGGGUGCUCGUCUUCACGUCGGCCUCCGUGGAGUCGUGGACCGCGUUGCUCGACAGGGGCCUCCAGGAGGAUGAGAACCACGCGAUCACGAACAUUAAGCACAAGGUGCUCCAGGUCGGCGUGGACUUCUUGGCCAUCAGGGUGUCCAACGACGUCCAGGACUCUCGCACCCUGCCGGGUCAGCCUUCGCUCGCCCACAGCCCGUACCUCGGCGAUGUCUCCGUCAUCACAUGGAACACCCAGGCCCUCUUCGCCGCGGACCCCGGCCGUCAUCGCCGGAAGGCGACCUACGUGAGGAAGUUGAUGGCCACCCACGAUAUCGGCCUCUGGACCGAGACGCACGGGUCCAAUGGAGGCAAUGAGGAGAUGCUGGACAGCGAACCUUCCGCCUCGCCUCCACGGCGGCUCGUGCUACUCAAGCGGGCCAUGCGCGAGGCCGCCGAGAACUUCGGCUUCGAGGCUUCGGGUCCGCCGGGCCCGCUUGCGCACGAGGAUCGCCUCGGGGUCACCAUGAAAUUCCUCCGCGCCUCAGAAAAGGGCUCGGCAGGCGGCGUCAGCCAAUGCAUCCAGCGGUAUCCCAUCUUGAAGGAUCUCGUGGACAACCCUUACGACUUCCACACGAGCCCUGGCCGUCGCCUCCGGCUGGUCCGAGUUCACGCUGCCGACCUUGCUCGCGAUCACGCCAUCGACGAGCUGGGCAGGCUCCACGCCGACUUGAAGGACCUCUCUGAUGCGCAGGCGGCGCGGCGGCGACAUCAGAACCAUCGUCUUCUUACACGCUUGUCUCCUGGCCGCGGCUGCUCCCACUACGCGCUCAGUGACAGCGCUGGCCACGUGAGCACAUCACCAGAGCACAUCGCAGGAGUUCUGCGCGACCAUUGGUCUGGGGUCUUCCGCAGACGGGAAACGGACACAACCUUGCGCCGCACCUGGCUUGCAGACGAGGCCUCGCACGCCUCGCUGGCAGACCGCCAGUGCGUGCCCGGCGUCGCCGUGCCCUUCGAGAUCUUCGAGCGGGCGGUCCAGCACACGAGCAACAGCUCUCCUGGACCAGAUGGGAUCCCGUUCCGCGCAUGGCGUGCUUUAGGCGGCUUCGCGACGAGAGCUCUGUACGAGGCCUUCCUGGCCAUCGCCAGCCCCAGUGGCGCGGCGCUGAUGGACUCGGACUGGGACUCGUUCAAUGAGAGCUCCAUGGCUUUGGACAAGUUCAUUUCCCGGGCCAAGGUGUGGCGGGGCAUCGGCUGCGGAAUGAUGCUGACCCUCUUGGCUUACCGCACCUACAUCUUCCCCGUGCUCUCCUUCCUCCUGCAGCUGGACCAGUUGCCGUCCAAUUGGGACGUUGUGGAGCAGCAGAAUUUCUUCACGAACCUCACAAACGCGCGCGGCCAUCUGGAACACAAGGCAGCAGCAGCCAGAGUGUCGGUCGAGGCAUUGGUUCAGGGCGACGCGCCGGAGCCAGCGCCGAGGUCUGAAUGGCAGAAGCGGUGUCGGAUUAUAUUGGCGGACCCGCGCCCGCAGGGCGCCGUCCGCCACCUCGACCGCUGCCUUUCUCGUCUGCAACUCCCGGUGCUCCGUGGGCGCCGCUUGGAGCGCGCGACGCUCGCGCUCCGCGGCCUGGCGCCGCUGGCGCCCCCGCGGGUGUGGGCAUCGGUCUACCGCGUCAUGUGCAACGGCUGGACUACAGGGCGCCGCAUGCAGAGGCCAGCGCCUUGCGCGUUUGCAUGCGGACACGGGGAGGACAGCGUCGAGCACUACAUCCACUGCUCCAGGGUCGCGGAGUUCGGGCGCAGGCAGCUGGCGCUGACUGCCCCUCCACCCGGCGAGCGCUUGUCUCACUUUCUGCUCCUCUCCCCCCGUUUUUCCGAAGACACGGCGAGCGCUAUCGCUCGCCGUGCCCUGGCGGUGUAUUGCGUUUACGCGGCAUCCACAGCGGCGCGCCACGGGGCCACCUCCAACGCGUGGGAGGCCAUGUGGCAGUACGAGUUGCUGGUUGGCCUCGCCGCGGGCUGCGGCGUGGCCCAGGCGCGGCGCAAACGGGCCCAGGCGAUCGCCGCCCCUUCGGCAGCGGCGGGCGAGCCGGCGAUCGCGGCGCUGCCCGCCAGAGGGUCCGUCACACCGCGCUUCGCGUCUAUCGGGUCGCUGGGCGUCUUCGACUGUCUGGGGCAGAAGAGCUUCGUUGAGCGCGUCUCGGCUGACAAGGCUGAGAAGUGGAAGCGGAAGCGCGUGGGAUCCGAGGGCGACUCGCAGAUCUUCGGCGUCGACCGCAACCGCGGGAAGCGCGACCUGGCGCCCCACGAUGCGGCGCAGCUCUUCACCGAUGAGAACUUCGACAACUGGCCGCCUCCCCCGCCGAGGGCGGCGCUGGAACGCCUGGAGUUGGUGCGAGAUGGGCCUGGCUCCACGGUGGUCUGCGAGGGCGCCGCGCGAUAUUUGACCGCGCUCGGCUUGCACUGGGAAGCCGCCUCGAUGGCCUCGGCCCGCCCUGGGCGCCCCAGCUUGAAGCGCGCGACCAGUAGUGGGCCGACUUGUCCAGCAGCGCAAUGUGAGCGCAACUGCGCUGCGCCAGAGCCGGCCAGUUACCUCUUCCUCGCCGGCCCGUUCGUCGCGCUGUUCGCGGGCGCGGCCGAGCUGCUGGUUGGCCUCGCCGCGGGCUGCGGCGUGGCCCAGGCGCGGCGCAAACGGGCCCGGGCGAUCGCUGCCCCUUCGGCAGCGGCGGGCGAGCCGGCGAUCGCGGCGCUGCCCGCCAGAGGGCCCGUCGCACCGGCCAGUCUGCGGGAUGCCCUCGCAUCGCGGGCGGCCAUCCUCGGGGGCGGCGAGUUCGAGGAGGUCCAGCGGCUGGCGCACGAGGGCGACUCGCAGAUCAUCGGCAUCAGCCGCAAGCGUGGGAAGCGCAACCUGGCGCCCCGCGAGGCGGAGCAGGUCUUCGCCGAGGAGAACUUCGGCGACCGGCGUCCGCGAAGGCGCCGCGGUUCUCCGCGGGCGCGGCAGCGGCUCGGCGCCGAGGUCCCCGGGCCGGCCCUCCAGGUGGACCAGCUCGACAUCCCGAACCCGUGGCCGAAGAAUCUGGCCGAGUGCGACAUCGACAUGCUCAUGAUCGCCCGCGCGAGCGCCAUGGCGAAGCCCGCAAAGGCGCCCCUGCCGCCCGACGUGGCGGGCCUCGCCAGGGUCUGCGAGGAGUUCAUGGCCAAGAUCGAGAUUUUCUUCGCCAAGAAGGAGAGCCCAGCCUGGACUGGGCCCAUCAUCGUCGCGAGGCAGGCCACAGGGCGCCAUUGUGCACCGCCGAAGACGCGACUGGGAUCGGUCGGCGGGCCCUGCGAAUUCCACCUGUCGGAGCCCGCGCUGCAGGACUUCGGCGGCUUCAGCUCGGCGGGCGAGCGGGGCGCGUUCAGUGUCUGCGACGACGAGGCUGGCCGACGGGCCCCGAUCGACUCCGCCGAGGUCGCUUGCCCCAUCUUCCGCUGCGCGGCGACGGGCUGGUCCUGGGCGCCCCGCCGGGCCGCCGAGGCGGAUGCGUACCUGGCAGGCCGGCGGCCUCGGGCGCGCGCGGGCAUCUUCGCGAGCCUUGCCGGGGACCAGCUGGGCGCCGAGGACUCGAUCGCGCGGUUCCGCAGCGCGGCUGCCGAGGUGGGGGCUGGCACUCGCGUCGACGGCGACGUCGGGGUGGUCUUCGAGAGCCUCGGGGUCGUCUCCGACGGCGAGCAGCGCGACCUCCGGCGCGCGCCGCGCCCGGCGCGGCGAGUUGAGUUUGCCGCGCGGGCUUUGCGAAGGCAGCGCUGGGUCCAUGGGGAUAUUUUGGAGAUUUGGGUGGGCCACGUCGUCAACCUGUCCGGCUUGCUACGGCCUGGGCUCAUGCUCCCGGCAGAUCCACCCAUUCGCGGCAGCUUCCGGGGGCCGCCGCUAGACGCCGUCAAGAACGAGAUGCGGCUGGUGGUCAAUGUGCCGAGCGCCAUCCCGCAGAUCGACUGGUGCUGGGCCUCGCUGCAGAGGUGGAAGCAGCUUCGAGUCGGGCGCUGGAUGUGGUCUGCGGAGCACAUCUACGUCAAGGAGGGCCGCGUCUCUCUGUUCGGCCAAUCGAGGGCGACGUGCGCCCGCGAGAACCGCGGCGAGCGGGUCGCGCCCAUCAGCAACGACCUCGUGUCUAUCUGUGCUGUCGAGAAGGGCCUCGCGAAAUCGCAGGCCUCCAAUUCGCUGGCGAGACGGGCGGCCAGCUACCAGGUAGAGGACCCCUCCGAGUGGCUAUUCCCGGCGAGGACGAACUUCAGCCAGGCGGUCGCGGUGGGGCGGGUCUCCUUCGCCGCAGAGGUUUGCGCGCCGGCGCCUUGGUGCGGGGCUCUCUGGGGCCUGGAGAACCCAGCUUCCUCGGGGCUCUGGGAGUUCGGGCCCGUCGUGGAUCUCAUGGGGCCCUCAGAGCAUGAGAACUCUCGCUUGAAGUCCCGCGCUAUCCUUCCUAACAUGUUGGCCCCGCGCGUUUUCAAAGCGAGGUGUUCCUGGGGCGUGUUCAUCGCAUGUUGCAUGGUCGUGAUCGAGCCUUGGGAGUUGAUGGAGUCUGGCGUUCGCACUGUAAGAUUCAUGCAGCUG